AUGCUCUCCUCUAGUCUGAGAGCAGCUCUCGCUCAAUCAACUCCAAAAGAUGUAGAGCUCAUUGCCCGCCAUCUGGGCACCAGUCCGGCGCCGUGUUCCGCCCUUUUCUCUGCCCCGCCUGGCCAAACUGAUGAGCCCACAACUUGUGAAAACCAUUUCCUUACAGUCUCGAUCCAGCAAGAUGUGCCUGAGGAUGGCAAGGUGGACAAUCGCGGCGAACUGUUUAUCUUCGCAAUCGAGAUAUUGGUUUUUACUACUGCGAACCUCACCACCGUGUUUGUUUCCAAGGCCGAUUCAACUGGAUAUCUGUACCGGCUGAAACUUCCACCAACUGCGAAAUCGUUGAUGCGUAGUAUUUCAACUACGUUCCUAUCGCAUCUUCUUUCAGCGCUUCAGAGACCCGGUAUUAGACUUGUUCUCUCUCUUUUUGCUCGCGCACAGAACCAAUACCUCUUUCCGGGCAGUGUAGAGAAUCCGGGAAAACACAUUUUAGAUGAUCGAGGGUUGGUCAAAUGGUGGUGCCGCGUGGUGGACCCCAUCCUUAGACGCCACGAACCUGAGGCAAAGGUCGAUGUGAAUGGUCACAUAGCAGAAGAGGAGAAGAACCGGGAUACUGAAUCGAAGACCACAUCAGCAACGGCGUAUCUAAUUGUACCAGGUUGCGACAAGUUCGAGACCAGGACCUUCUUCCCUCCAUCUACAAAAUUGGAUCUCCAGACCCGACCGCGCUGGCUCAAUUCAUAUCCCCUACAUCAAAUAUGUGGAUCGCAAACCGCACCGCCCCGUUGCCAAGUCCCACGUUUUCCAGAUGACCCGAAAGCGCGUUUCCUUUUGGACCUCGAUGACGAAGUCUCUGAUAUUACGAAUGACACAAGCACCGGACAAUGGCGCAGUAUCAAGACCAUAGAUCAAUUCUGGGAGAUGAUGGCCUACAGACAAGAGUGCUCUUCUGGAAGAUUGGUUGGGUUCUUAUGGGUGGUCAUAAAUCCUCCUGGACUUUUAAACUCUGUUCCAAUGGUGUCCUCAGCAUCUGAAAACGAUCAAACCACCCCCAACAUCAACUCAACGUCUAGUAACAAUGCCACUGCCAAAGCGGAAAUCGCACCGUCUUUAGUUUUAGAUUCAAAGCAGACUGGGCAAGUUAGGAACUCGACUACAGAAGAGUGCCAAACCCAUGAGCGGAAAGAAAGUACUGUAAGGUCGCUGCCAAAAAAUGAUGUCAUGGCUAGAGAUCCACCAACAAACUCAACCAGCCCCGCUUCUGUCGAAAAUUCCACUGAUGAAAUAAAAUUGAACGACAAAGAUUACCACGAUCUUAUGAACCUGCUCGUUGAACUCGACUUUGACAACGAGAAAGCAGCCAUCGAAAGCACUAACUCUUGGAUUCUUAAGCUCUCCACCAUAAUUGGUCGAAACGAUCAUGGAGAAAAGGUGGUUGGGGAAUGUGAACCCCAGUCUGUUGAAAAAUCCACACCACAACCUGCAGACGCCUCGAACCUGUUAAGUGGAGGAUUGAUCAGGAAGCGGAAAAAGGAUGCUGGAGAUACUGGCAUUCCAGGCGCGGAUGGCUUGGACGCUGACCGUUCUUCCGUCGCGGCUACGUUUGAAUGCAAUAAUGACAGGGAACAGCCAUCAACAAGUAGCAGCCUGCCAAUGACGACUCCAACGAUUAACGUUCUCGAUGCAACUAUAAUUAGGAAAAAGAAGAAACGAGGAGAAUUUUAA